UUUUAUUUUAUUUAUUUUAUUUUUUCUAUUUUUUCUAUACAUAAAAAUGAGCGCAAAUACAAAUACUUCUACAAAUAACAAGAAAAUUAUUUCUAGAGAUGAAUGGGAACAACGAUUAGCAAAAGUAAAAGUAAACAAACAGGACCUUAAUCAACUUGUCAUGAAUUAUCUUGUUGUUGAAGGAUAUAAAGAUGCUGCCGAACAGUUUAGUUUAGAAAGUGGACUAGCACCUACUGUUGAUUUACAAUCAAUUCAAGAACGAAUGGAUAUUCGUCAUGCUAUUCAAUCAGGCGAUGUCGAUACUGCUAUUGACCUAGUUAAUGACUUGAAUCCUGAAAUUUUAGAUACCAAUCCUCAUUUAUUCUUUCAUUUACAACAGCAAAGAUUAAUUGAACUUAUACGUAAUAAAUCGUUUGAAGAAGCUUUAGAGUUCGCUUCAGAAGAAAUGGCACCACGUGGAGAAGAGCAUCCUGAAUUUUUAGAAGAAUUGGAAAAAACGAUGGCUUUAUUAGCUUUUCAAGAUAGUAUUGAUUCACCAGUUCAAGAUUUACUACUUCCCAGUCAAAGACAAAAGACAGCGAGUGAAUUAAAUGCAGCCAUCUUGAUGAGCCAGUCACAAGAAAAGGAUCCAAAAUUACCUAAUUUAAUAAGAAUGUUAGCUUGGAGUCAAAAACAACUGGAUGAAAGAAUGAUUUAUCCUCGAAUUGAAAACUGGGUUAAAGCUGAUUUAGUCAUACCGAAUGAAGAUAAUGAAAACAAUACCAAUAUGGAAGAAGACACAACCAUGUCUAUGUAAAGCUUAACAUUGAAUGCAGAAGAAAAUAUAAAAUAAAAAUAAGAUAAUACAAUUCAAUAUUACAUGUGAAAGAUGAGGACACUGACUAAGAAAGGAUCUUUAUGAAAAGGAGAAAUAAGCUCUUUUUGAACAAUGUAAUACGAAAAAAAAA